AUGCCUGACGAGCCUCUUGACAGACCAGAGGCGGAGGCUCGCCUCGACGAGAGGCCGGUAAGCCGGAGGCAAAGCGAGGAUUCCUCAGCUGGGCCCGACGGAGACACAGUGUCUCCUUUGUCUGCUCGCGGGCGGGGAAGGUGUCACUCCGGCGGACGCCGCCAGAAAUCCUCACCCAGGAAGCGCCCCGUCUCUUGUGCUUUCCCGUCUUCGUCGAGUCCAUCUUCGUCUCCCUCUCUGUCUUCUUUCCCCUCCUCUCUCGUCUCCGCCUCUGGGGCGGAGGCGUCUCCGCAUCCGUUGUCUCCCGAGCCCCGCAGGGUCAGACGCAGCAAGCAAGUUGGAACCUCGCCUUCCCCUCUUGCGCUCGAAAAUGACGCGAAGUCGCAACUGAUUUCCCCUGGAGAGCGGGCGGGGGAUGCCGCCGCGCACGAGGGAGGCAGGCGCUGGCCGAAGCGACAGAAGCCGUCGUCGUCUUCCGCCUUCGCCCCGCUGGCGUCCGGAGGUCCAACAGCGCUUGCUGCAGGAAAGGGGCGAAGGAGCCGCAGCGGGCGUGGGGCGGAGCCGCAUGGAGAGGAAGCGGGGGAAGGGGGAGGUGACACCGGGGGAAGCGCCAAGGACGGGGAGACCGAGGAAACACCCGCCGACCGCGCCAGGCGAGAGAAGAAAGUUUCCCGCGCACCUGCGUCAGCCAGCAGCGCCCGGCGACGGCCUGCCUCGACGCCGGUCUGUUCUUCGCCCGGCUCUUUCUUUGAAGAAAGGGAACUCCUUGAUCGAACCUACCACCCCCGAGCAUGCGAUGCGCCCUGGUACCACGCUCGCUGGCCCUCGGGGGCGCCUUUGCCGCCGUGCUUCUCUUCCUCGGAGAAGGCGAAAGAGGCCUGGGAAGUCUUCUUCGCGCAGUGGCUGUCAGCCACGUUCGCGUGCCGACCUGGAUGCGAGGAGAGAGGCAGAAGCGCGGGAGACGGCGGGCUCGGCCCUUUCGCUGCCUCGGAAUCCCCUUUUUCCGAUUCAGGAUUUCUGCCGCUGGCAGCGAGGGCGGGAGAGCACCAAGACCUGGCGAAGGAACGGAGCCGCCUGGAGUGUGGAGAAUGCAUGCGCGAGGGAGCGAUUCGGGGCCGCCGCCUGACGCCAGACGCGGCCCGAGUCGGCGCGACGCCCAGCGACAUUCGCAGCCUGUUCAAUUGUCUCCUGUACGGCCAUCCAGAGGGUCUGUUUGAGCAGCGCGGGGCUGGGUUUGGAUACGCACGAAGGAAGAGAAGACGAACCGAAGAUCGCGCUGCCGAAGGUGGGGAAGGCCGUUGGGUGUCUUCUGUGACGUGCGAGCCGUCUUGGCCUGCAGAGGUCCAGAAAAAACUGGAAGGGGAACACGAGACGAAGGAAGACGCAGAGGUGGACGAGGGAGCACAGGAGAAUGCCGACCCGCAGUCUCUGACUCCGUGUCGCCUCUUCUUCUCUCCCGCCCCACCACCGCCGCCAGCACCCAGGCGAAGACAACCUGAGAGCCUGGCUGUGCGGAAUCAGCGACUGUAUGGCGCUCGGGACGGCGCCGAGCUCCUCCAGGCGUACAGACACCUGGCGGCUGCGGCGGAGGCAGGCAGAACUCGAGAGGCAAGGGAAGACGCACCCGUGGACUCGAGCCUCCGAUCUAGCGAGACGAAUGCCACAGGCGAACCUGAGGGGAGACAGAGAAGCCGAGAAGAGAGGAAGAGAGAACGAAGCCAGGAAGGACCGCAGAAAACGGCAGCGGAGCACCAGGCUCUAGCCGCCUCGUUAGAAGCUCCCCAGGGGAAAGCGGAAGGGAGACGCGAUCGCGGGAGGAACAGCUCCGCUGCUGGUGAAGAGCCAGGCGGCCAAGAGGGGAAAAGAGAGACGAAGCAGCGGCUGGGCGACAAAGGCUCAAGCGACUCCCGAAGGCGAUGGGACAUGGCCCUCCAAGUGCUGUCGAAACUGAAAAUGGGGCAUAGUUGCGAAGCGAUUUUCCUCGGACUCGGAGACCUCUCUUUCGUCAGUCGAAAGAAAUUAUUCUUCCGGCGCCAUUUUGAUUUCCGCUGGACCUCGAAGAAGAAGCUGGCUCACGCAGCUGGGGCUGUUUCCGGGACGCCCGAGACAAGCGCGGGGCAGCCCUCAGCUGAGUCCCUCGCGUCGGGCUCGACCGACGGCAAAGGGCCCGGAGAGACACCUUCAGGCCCGUUGGGCUCAACUGGCCCGCAGCAGAACGCAAGUGCUGGGGUUGCGGAUGCGACUCUGAAGAAGUCGAGCGGGCUGGAGAAGCAAGGUCGACGUGGCAAAGGCAGGAAGGAAGAAGAGAAGCGUGCGGCAUCUUCUCUUCCUCCUGCGAAGAGGCCGAAGAGAGCGCCUGGGGGCGGGCGGGGUGGCGAGGCGACAGAAUCUGCGCUGUGGAACGUCCUGGCAGAUCCGGACGACUCUCAGUCUCUCUUCCUCACUUCCUGGCCGUCUCUCUCGCCUCACAGAGAGGACCGGGAUGCAUGCGUUUCGGGGGACAGCCAGAUAUCGGUGGAGAGAAGAGGCGAGCGCGCGGACCAGGCAGCUGAGGAGAGGGACGUGGGGACUGCAGGCGACUGCGGGGGGAUGGCAACGCAAAUAGGCCGUCAAGCGACCGCCGGCCCGUGUUCGCUCCCGCCUCGCCCCUACCGGCCCUUGUGUCUUCUGUCUCUUCUUCAGCGGUCCCGUGCGGUGCGCCGGGCGCGCUUUCUUCGAUACCUUCUCGAGCAAAUGGAACCCAGCUCCCCGUCGCUCCUUCAUCAGCUUCUCCUGAAGGGACAGCUUCGGGUGAAGUGUGACCACGACUCGGACCGACGCGUCGAAUUUGACCGACAUGUCUCCUGGCUGCUCUCGCGCCUUCCCGGUGACCCUCAGGUUCUCCGCUACGCCUGGUGGGGGCGGGGGGGGUCUCCGGGGCUCCAACGAGGCCUGCAAAUUUCGCAGAGAAGAGGCGACCUGGCGCUCCAGUGGAUCGCCUUCCCACCGCUGAAUUCGCCCCCGUCGCUCUAUCCGACGUCGACGGGAAACGCCGGGCUGGCUCGCAGCCUGUCCUGGGGAUGCGCCCCCACGCCCGCCCAGACAGCCGACCGGCGCGUUGGGCUCCAGACGCGAGACGAGCUCAGAGACAGCCUCGGCGACGCGAGCGCUGUCGGCGCCGCCGUCGCGGCCGCGGCUGCCGGGGCCCUGAACGGCUCGGCCCCGGGCGCGCGGUGGGGCGGCGGCCUUCUUCCGGGUUCCACAGUCGACCCACGGAUCCGGAGUGCUUCAGGCGCGCUGGGCGACAGAGAAGGGACAGAGACAGGGAAAGGUGGAACUGGGUCUGGGACAAGCGGCGCCGCCGCGCUGGGUUCCGCGACCGCGGUCGGGCCGUUCGCGACAGGGCUCCAAGGCGGGGGGGCGGUUCUGGGGGCUUCCCAGCGCCAGCUCCUCUCGCUCUUCCGGCGCGUCUGCCCUGCCGACAUUCUUUAUCGAGGCCUGGCGACAGGGAGCGUCUCUCUCUCGUGGCCAACCGCGACAGAACUCCAGGUUCUGCGCUUGCCUGAACUCCUUCUAGAUCAGCAGGUGAUGCGACUGGGAGACGCGUUUGUUUGGUCCUUCGAGGGUUGGGUGUCGAACCUCGUUGCCGUGGCCCCGUUCCUGUGUGUCUACACACCGCAUCGCCGGACGCAAAUUGGGAUCAAAAAGCGACUCGGCGUUCGCCAACUCCCCAAUGCUCUCCUGACGAAGGGGUCCCCGCCGCCCGCGGAUUUCGACGAGGCCAACCACGGCGCCAUCGGCAGUCGCCUCCCGUCCACUGCGUCGUCUCUCUCGCCUCCUCCAGCUUUUCCAGAUGCGGGCGGGAGCUCCUCAGCGCGGGACCACGGAGCGGGACCGGGCCGAAAGCGCGAGCGAAAGGGAAGAGAGAAGUGA